AUGGACAGUGUAAUCACAGCCAUCUUGCUCCUGCUCCUGGCUCUCACCAGCCUGCUCCUGACCCUCACCUCAAGGGGCAAGGGCCGGCUUCCCCCAGGACCCAAACCCCUCCCUCUGCUGGGAAACCUGCUGCAGCUUCACUCCCAAGACAUGCUGACCUCCCUCACCAAGCUGAGCAAGGAGUACGACUCAGCAUACACAGUGCACCUGCGGCCCAGGCACAUGGUGGUUCUCAGUGGGUACCAAGCAUGAAGGAGGCACUCGUGGACCAGGGGGACGAGGGCGUUUAGUGGCCAUGGCUACUACCCCAUCUUUUUCAACUUCACUAAGGGCAAUGGCAUAAUCUUCUCCAGUGGGAACCGGUGGAAGGUCCUGAGGAGCUUCCCUGGCAAGAUUCUGUGGAACUUCGGGAUGGGGAAGAGAAGCAUCGCGGAGCGGAUCCAGGAGGAAGGCAACUUCCUGCUGGCGGAGCUUCGGAAAACUGAAGGCAAGUCUUUUGACCCCACGUUUGUGCUGAGCUGCUCAGUGUCCAGCAUCAUCUGCUCGUUGCUCUUCGGUAGCCGCUUCGACUACAAUGACGAUCAUCUGCUCACCAUUAUUAGCCUCAUCAACGACAACUUCAAAAUCAUGAGCAGCCCUUGGGGAGAGAUGUACAACCUCUUCCCAAGUCUCCUGGACUGGGUGCCUGGGCCACACCGACGCCUCUUCCAGGAUUUCGGGCACAUGAAGGACCUCAUUGCCAGCAGCGUCCGCGACCACCAGGCCUCUCUCGACCCCAGCUUUCCCCGGGACUUCAUCAAUUGCUUCCUCACCAAAAUGGCUCAAGAAAAGCAGGACCCGCUCAGCCACUUGUACAUGGAUACUCUGCUAAUGACCACACAUAACUUGCUACUCGGUGGCACCGAGACUGUAGGCACCACUCUGCGUCAUGCGUUCCUUGUGCUCAUGAAGUACCCAGAAGUGCAAGCCCGCGUACAGGAGGAGAUCGACAGCGUGGUGGGGCGCGCGCGGCUGCCGUCGCUGGAGGCCCGCACCGCCAUGCCCUAUACUGAUGCCGUGAUCCACGUGGUGCAGCGCUUCGCGGAUGCCAUCCCCAUGAACUUGCCGCACCGCGUCAUUCAGGACACGGCCUUCCGCGGCUUCCUUCUACCCAAGGGCACGGAUGUGAUCACCCUCCCUCACAACGUCCACUACGAUCCCAGCCGGUUCCUAACACCGAAGAAGUGCAACCCCCAGCAUUUUCUGGAUGAAAAUCAAUCCUUCAAGAACAGCCCUGCCUUUAUGCCCUUCUCAGCUGGGCGCAGACUGCGCCUUGGCGAGUCGCUGGGCUGGCGCAUGGAGCUCUUCCUCUACCUCACCGCCAUCCUGCAGAGCUUCUCGCUGCAGCCGCUGGGGGCGCCCGAGGACAUCGACCUGACCCCGAUCUGCUCUGGUCUAGGCAAUUUGCCGCGGCCCUUCCAGAAGUGCCUGCGCGCGCGCGAACGCCCCAGCCUCGGCCGCUCCAGAUUCGCCCGCGCAGUCGACGAGGCUCGCCCCCAGGGGUUGCUCCGUCCCUCUUCUUGUGCCAGUCCCCACUGCCUGCUCCUGGCCCAUUCUGGUCUGGGUCUGCCCCCUCCACCAGUGCCUGCAGGCCCGGAGAAGUGA